AUGAACCCCUCUGUUGUGGCUGCCCACAAGAGGAUUGGACUUCUCCAAAAGUUCAACAAAUGGCAAGGGAAAGCCAUUGAGAAGAUGCAAAAGUCCAUGGACAAGAUGGUGAGCAAGAUCAAAAGUUUGGAGAAGAAGGUUUCUGGUUCUUCAAGCAAGAAGAAGAAGUCCAAGGCCCCCACAUUCCCUAGGAGUAGUCACUCCUCACCACCCAAGGAGGCUCCCUGCCCAAGAGCCUCACAGAGCCUCUUCUUUCGAGCCAAGGGAAGGAGAAGACAACACGCAGAGAAGGAGGAAGAGUCCAAGGCCAGACGCUCCAGCUCGACCACCGGACUCGAUCGAGUCCAAACAGAGGAAACUCAACUCGAUCGAGCUGAGGGUCGAGUUGACCUGGAGGAGCCCCUGUUUGAGGAUCCUGGAUUCGAGUACGAUCAACGCAGUACCAGGACUUCUCCCAGACCAGAUGGACCCCUACAACAGCUUCGAGCAAGCACAGCUCCACCAAGGCCAAGGAGCCACACACUUUGA